AUGCGCACGCGAAAGGGACAAACGACAACGUCGGGAGGGGCUGUCGCGCUGCGGGGGGUGUUGAUCGUCUCGGCUGAGGCUGGCGGCGCCAUGAGUCAUGCCGUCCCAUGUGCAAAAAGCCUUUUUGUUCCUCCUGCCAUCGUAGUGUCAACGAUAUCUUUCCUCCAUCCGCAACCAAACAUUCAUGAAGCGAUGGCGAGCCUUCCUACCAAUGAUAUCCUAACGCUUGAAAAAGCCAUUUCCAGUAUUCCAGCGAUAGACGCCCAUGCACAUCCGUUACUGGUUGAUCCGACAAAUGAAGAACAGAUACCUUUGGAAAGUAUCAUUUCCGAGGCAGAGGGGGGUGCACUCAAAGAUGCCAUACAUACGCUGGCUGGUCGUCGCGCCAUCCGGGAGUUGGCUGCGUUUUAUAACUUGGAGACAUCUGCCGACUUUGGACUCAUUAGAGAGGAGAGAAAACGCCUUGGAGCCGCGACGGUAACCCGCAAAUUACUGGAUGCGUCGACUAUAGCCGGCUUUCUCCUAGAUGACGGACUGCACGCCCCAAGCGACGUCUCAUCGGUGGACGCGCACACUGCGUUUACACUCCACCCCGCAAAGCGCAUUCUACGCAUCGAAACUAUCGCUGAAUCCAUAAUCACGACUCAAGCGUCGAGUUGGUCUCCCGAUACACCGAACCGCGUGUCGGGAUUCGUAUCAGCAUUUCUACGUGCGAUUGAUCCACCUCCACCGAAUGUCGUCGCAUUUAAAAGUGUUAUUGCGUAUCGCUCAGGCUUGGAGAUUUGUCGGGAUCUCCCGAUGGAGGAUGUCACUGCUGCAUUGGAUGAUGCAUGUCGGGUGGUGCAGAGAGCUGCGGGAGGACGAUGGAGAUUAACACAAAAACCUCUGUUGGAUUUUAUAUUACGCAUUGCGUUGAAAGUGGCUGCGAAACUGGGAUUACCGAUUCAGUUUCAUACUGGAAUAGGAGACAAGGACGUUGAUCUUGUCAAGGCAAAUCCUGCUCUUCUCCGUUCAAUUCUAGAUGAUCCCGAUCCGCUUCUUUCUAAAGCGAAAAUUGUUUUGCUUCAUGUUUAUCCGUAUGCAAAGGAGGCGGCCUACCUCGCUUCUGUUUAUGAGAACGUUUAUGCUGAUUUUGGACUUGCAAACCUGUUACUUUCUUCGCAAGGGAUCGAGCAAAGCAUCCAGGAAUUGUUGCAAAUUGCGCCGACAUCCAAAGUCCAUUUUUCGACAGAUGGGCAUUUCCAUCCCGAGACGGUUUACCUUGCUGCUAAAUGGGGCCGACAAGCCCUCGCCAAUGUCCUCGGCAAAAUCGUUGCAAAAAAUGAAUUAUCGCUAGAGGAAGCAGUACAAAUUGCCAGAGACAUUCUAUUCGAAAACGCCAAUGCAUUAUAUAAACUUGGAUGGUCGACUUCUGUACCCUUUUCUUCUAUUGUCGGAAUGAAGUCUCGAAAUGCUCCGAUUGUGGAAGCGAUGGAAGGUGUUCAUGUUGUGAGGAUGAUGUGGGUCGAUUAUGCAAACAUUACUCGCACCAAACUCGUUCCUCUUCCCCGAUUCAUCUCCAUGGUCUCAAACUCGAGCGGCGUACCUUUUGUAACGGCCCUAUUCGGAUUCCCGUUUAUGCGUGAUGGUAUUGCUCGGGGGUUAGAUGGCGCUUGUAUUUCGGUUACCAAGGAUGCUGUGUUGAAGCCGGAUGUGCGGACAUUCAAGCGGUUACCGUAUUGGAAGGGGCAUGCGGCUGUUUUGGGAACUUUUUGGGAUGAGGUGCGGCAGACUGAGCAUCCUUGUUGUCCUAGGACCAUCCUAUCGAGACUUGCCAAAGACCUCACAGACAAACACCGCAUAAAACUCCGAUGCGGCUUCGAACUCGAAUUCCAGUUACUCCGUCCAUCCAACCCCCACCACACACCCAUCGACACGACCAACUAUUGUGACACGACUUCCCUUCUUCCUUAUUCCGCAGAUAGCGCUGUGAAUGUUUUGGAUCAGAUUGUGACGAGUUUGACGGAUCAGGGGAUUGGUGUCCAUUUAUUUCAUGCUGAGAGUGGGCAUGGGCAGUUUGAGAUUGCGUUGACUGCUGGUGGGGUGGUGGAGGCUGCGGAUGGUCUCGUAUUGGCUAAACAGACGAUAUAUAACAUUGCAGCAUCCCAUGGCCUGAAAGCCACCUUUGUCCCAAAACCUAAUCCCCUAGCAGCUGGCAAUUCCUGCCAUGUACACAUAUCACUUUGGGAAGGUGCCCAAAACCUCUUUCUGUCCGGCUCGGCUCAACCCCAUCAAUUCAUGGCUGGUAUCCUUGCCCAUCUUCCUGCUUUAACGGCUAUAACUACGCCUUCAGUGAAUUCGCAUGAACGUUUGCAACCGGGAUGUUGGGCUGGUGCAUUCCAAGCUUGGGGAAGAGGGAAUAAGGAGGCGCCGUUAAGACUUUUGGAAGAUCGGGUUGAAUUCAAGACGUUUGAUGGUACCGCCAAUCCCUAUCUUGCUCUAUCAGCCAUCAUCGCAUGCGGUCUACACGGCAUAGAAUCUCAAUCUACUCUUCCACCCGAGACAUCAGUUGACCCAAUCACACUUGCCGAAGCUACCCGUCCAUCUCGUCUACCAGCCACGCUAACUGAAGCUCUUGACGCAUUAACUGCCGGCGAGGUUAUAACCAAAGCACUUCGUGAUGAUGCCAUUCAAGCGUUUAUUGCUGUCAAGAGGGAGGAGAUUGCGUGGAGGGAGGCGUGUUCUAGUCGGGAAGAAGCAGUCAAAGUUUUGAUGGAAAAGUAUUGAGGGUAACGGAUUCUCAGAUUGCACAAUGACAAAGGGGCAUGUUUGAUUCAUGGGAUGAUAAAACAUGGAUUGCGACAUAUCCCCAAUAUCUUGCAACAUUUUGAAAACCAUGAUCAUUUUGCAAAGUUAAUUUAUUCUUUAAAUUCCAUGGAAGAAUUCCGACUAUCUUUUUUUUCUGAACCAUGAACAAUCAAGCCCGA